GGAGGACACGGUGGAGGAGCGCGUCAUCAGUGAGGAGUACAAGAUCUGGAAGAAAAACACCCCCUUCUUGUACGACUUGGUGAUGACCCACGCUCUGGAGUGGCCCAGCCUCACCGUGCAGUGGUUGCCUGAUGUGACCAGGCCAGAAGGAAAGGAUUAUGCUCUACACUGGCUGGUUUUGGGAACACACACGUCUGAUGAACAGAAUCACCUGGUUGUUGCAAGAGUCCAGAUUCCCAACGAUGAUCAGUUUGAUACCUCGCAGUAUGACAGUGAGAAAGGAGAGUUUGGUGGCUUUGGAUCCGUGACUGGCAAAAUUGAAACAGAGAUUAAAAUUAACCAUGAAGGUGAAGUAAACCGUGCUCGUUACAUGCCACAGAAUCCCUGCAUCAUUGCUACAAAAACACCGUCUGCUGAUGUGUUGGUAUUUGACUACAGUAAGCAUCCUUCAAAACCAGACCCAAGUGGAGAGUGUAACCCUGACCUCAGAUUAAGAGGGCACCAGAAGGAAGGCUAUGGCUUAUCAUGGAACUCGAAUUUGAGUGGACAUCUUCUCAGUGCCUCAGAUGAUCAUACUGUGUGUUUGUGGGAUGUAAGCGCUGGCCCAAAAGAAGGCAGAGUUGUUGACGCAAAAGCAAUCUUUACUGGGCACUCUGCAGUAGUAGAAGACGUGGCGUGGCAUCUGCUCCACGAGUCUCUGUUUGGAUCCGUGGCUGAUGAUCAGAAGCUGAUGAUCUGGGACACAAGAUCUAACACCACGUCCAGGCCAAGUCAUUCUGUGGAUGCUCAUACAGCCGAGGUCAACUGUCUGUCCUUCAAUCCUUACAGCGAGUUCAUUCUAGCAACUGGUUCUGCUGACAAGACGGUGGCUUUGUGGGAUCUUCGAAACUUAAAAUUGAAAUUGCAUUCUUUUGAGUCUCAUAAAGAUGAAAUUUUUCAGGUUCACUGGUCUCCUCAUAAUGAAACAAUUCUUGCUUCAAGUGGUACUGAUCGUCGGCUUAAUGUAUGGGACCUGAGUAAAAUUGGAGAAGAGCAGUCUGCGGAGGAUGCGGAAGAUGGGCCUCCCGAGCUGCUGGUAUGCUUUUGUUGGGGUUCCCGCCUGCUGACGAGCUGCAUGGCGGCGUGA